UCCCGUCCUCUCCUGUCCUUCCUUCCCUCGCGCGCUUCGCUCUGACACCUGCAACUCAGGCGCUCCCGUACGGAGCUCCCACACGCGCUCGCGCUCUUACCCACGAGUUCUUGCCUCACGCUACUGAGUCCCCACUCCGAACCAUGGGCCGUCAGAAGGAGCUAGUGUCGCGCUGCGGGGACCUGCUGCGGAUCCGGUACCGGCUGCUGCGUCAGGCUCUCGCUGAAUGCCUUGGGACGCUCAUACUAGUGAUGUUCGGCUGUGGCUCUGUGGCCCAGGUUGUGCUGAGCAGAGGGACCCAUGGUGGCUUUCUUACCAUCAACCUGGCUUUUGGCUUUGCAGUCACACUUGGCAUCCUUAUUGCUGGCCAAGUGUCUGGGGCCCACCUGAAUCCAGCUGUCACCUUUGCCAUGUGCUUCCUGGCGAGGGAGCCAUGGAUCAAGCUGCCCAUCUAUACACUGGCCCAGACAUUGGGGGCUUUCCUAGGGGCUGGGAUUGUCUUUGGGCUAUACUAUGAUGCAAUUUGGGCCUUUGCUGGUAAUGAACUUUUUGUUUCCGGCCCCAAUGGCACUGCUGGCAUCUUUGCCACCUACCCCUCUGGCCACUUGGACAUGGUCAAUGGCUUCUUUGACCAGUUCAUUGGCACGGCAUCACUCAUUGUCUGUGUGUUGGCUAUCGUGGAUCCCCACAACAACCCAGUUCCCCGAGGUCUUGAAGCCUUUACUGUUGGCUUUGUGGUCCUGGUCAUUGGUACAUCCAUGGGUUUCAACUCUGGUUAUGCUGUUAAUCCAGCUAGAGAUUUUGGUCCCCGCCUGUUCACCGCCAUUGCUGGCUGGGGUUCUGAGGUCUUCACAACUGGUCGGUACUGGUGGUGGGUCCCCAUCGUCUCACCACUUCUUGGUGCCAUUGCUGGAGUUUUUGUCUAUCAGCUCAUGAUUGGCUUUCACCUGGAGACUCCACCUCCUUCCACAGAGCAGGAGAAUGUCAAGCUGGCUCAUGUGAAACACAAAGAACAGAUCUGAGUUGGGAGUUACACCUCCCUCUCCCUCCAGGAUCCCCACUCCUUCCCUUAGGAACUAACACUGAUAGGACUAUGCCAGAGAUAUGCCCCCAAAGCAGCCAUAGCUGCCACCUCUCUGGUCCCCAUCCCUCCCACUCCUCUGGCCCUAGGAGACCCUUUCCUGAGGGCUAUGUUUAGUAAUAAUGCUUAAAAAAAAAGACCCCUCAAACCUCUCUCCCCACCCUAGGGGGUCAAUGAAUCCUUGGGAAUCCUGGUCAGUAUGGAUUUACAAUGGAUGUUGGACCUAAGGCCUGCCCUGAGAGUGCCAGACCUGAAGUAGGAUAUUUGCCAGAAACAAUAAAUCAGUUUUGAGUUCUUGGAAGGUUCUCCAGAGGGAAAAGGAGAGGGGAAGGCAAUGGCUAGAAGCUCAGCAGAUGCGUGAAAAAGGCUAGAUAGGUGAGAGAUGCAUAGGUGUGAGGGUAGUUACAGCUACACAAGGGCACUUUAGCUUUGGGAAAGUCCCUCAUUCAUUCAUUCAUUCAUUCAUUCAUUCAUUCAUUCAUUCAUUCAUUCAUUCAAUCCUGAUAUGGGAGAGGUUUAAAUGAAAGGGAUUCUAAAUGGAGACAUGUUAAAUGUAUGACAGUACAAAUGUAAAGAAAGCCCAAAUGUGCGUGUGUGUGUGUGUGUGUGUGUGUGUGUGUGUGUCCAGGUAUGAGUGAUUGCAGAUGUGUGUGUAAAGGGGAGGGUACAUAUUGAUGAAUAUGUACUAGAAAAGAGAGACCCAGGAGUAGAGGAUCUCGCUAGACUUUGAGGUAGGGGAGUUAGGGAAAGCAGAAGAAGCUCAAGAGAGAGACAUUAAUUUGUCUAGGGUGGGGGUGUGUGUGUUGUGGGUGGGGCUCACAAUUUGAGGUUCAGAGCUCUGCACACAGGCAGAAGCCAUUCGCAUGUUCCCAGCCUGAACCAUGAGCUGAGGGGGUGGGUGCUAAGUAUAGGUGUAUAUUUCAUUUUGGCAGAUGUUACAGCUGGGGUUGGGGGCCUUCCUUCCCAGACCAAUGCCCCUUGUUCCUUGCUCCUGGGUGUUCUCAUUCCCUCUGGGCAUUUCCAGGAUGGUUCAAAUGAGGGUGCCUAUUCCUUAAAUACUCCUUAUUCACUGUGUGGAUACCCCCACCCCUAUACACUCUUUCUUGUAUUUUUUAAAAUAAAGACAUUUA